GGGAGAGAAAUGGAUGAAAUUAUGCUCUGAAAGGGCCCUGAUAUUCCAUUGUUGCAGAGAGAAAAGCUAUUCAGAGCCCAAGCACAUCUUCUGUGCACACAGAAAUUGGAGAGGGGAAGGAUUGAGGAGCUGUCUGUCCACUGAGGGAUCUGAUCCUGCAGGGUUCCCUCACAUCCAGGGAAUAUGUUUUGGCAGGGUAUCAGGAGUUUUCCAAGCUCUGUGUUCUGUACAGUGACAGCAGAGCUACAGGGGCUGGAUCAGGAGAGUCCUUAGCACCUCAGUGUUGGGACUGUGAGAGGCAGUCUUUCCCCAGUGGUCCCUGGUGUGCUGAAAAUUAAUUCCAUCAGGAUGGGGUUUACCCUCUAAUCAGACAGCAGAGACCAUUUCAGCAAGAUGUUUUUGUUACUGAGCAUCAAAAGUCCAGUGCAAAGCUCCUGAAGGCACUGUUUUGUCUACCAAUAGAGAAAAGCUUUGUUAUGGAAUCAAAGAAUCACCAGAAAAUGAGUUUGGCUUUAAAUCCUUCCUCCAUGGAAGCGCAGAGUUGAUUUCCAGGUGAGUUCCAUACAGAAAUAGCUUUGCAUCAGGAGGAAAGUUGACAUCUCAAUGCCAUGAAGGGAUGCCAGGCUCCAGAAUGAGCAAAAUUGAGCAUCCAGCUGCUCCAGAAGCAGCCUGGGACCGUUCCACAGAGUGUGAGCGUGCAGCUGCUGCCACUGUGAUGUCAGGGCCCGCUGGGGUGUCGCUGAAGGGUUGGCAAGUCCCCACAGUGCCAACAGACCCUGCCAUUCCUGCGAUCCAGAGCUCCUAAUGCCCCCUUCUCCUGGCAUUCCAGGAGGAUCCUCAGGAGUUCUCAGCGGGCUGCCUGCAGACCAGCGGGGUUUUUAGCUGGCUUUUGGGUUAUGCUGCUCUGUGAGUUCUAGCACAGGCCUGCAGAAAUGAUCCCGCAAGUCGGUGCCACGGCGUGCGACUUUCUGUCUGCCGCCUCUGCGGUGUAUUUUUAUCCAGAUAAACCCUGGCUGGUGACAGCUCAUCUGGGCAAUCUGGUCAUCCAGUUAUCCAGAGGUGGAUACAUGACAGCCCCUCCUUUGGUCACAACACUGCCACCAGGACCUCAGCUGGCUCCUUCCCUUCCUGGACAAGAGGAUAAUGAGAAGGAGGUGGAUGAGGAACAUGCAGCUGUCACCUCAGGAGAAUCAAUCCACACGAGCUCUCUGCUGGGAGCUGAAGAUGCAGAUGAUGAGACAUUUCUCAUUUCUGACACCCUCAGCAGAAGCUCGGGCGCUCUGGACAAACCCAGGGUCCGGCCGCAGAAGAAAGUCCACGUGAUAGAGGAAGUGCUGGAACAACUGAGGGGCAUUGUGAACGAGGGGGACCCUAAGACCAAAUACACUGAAUUUGUUCAAGUUGGCCAAGGGGGUUUCGGGACUGUUUACAAAGCCGCAGACCCAGCCACAGGAGAUGUGGUGGCCCUCAAGAAGAUGCCUCUCCGCAAACGGAGCAGGAAGGAACUCAUCGUCAACGAGAUUCAGGUCAUGAAGGAAAACAGGCAUCCCAAUAUUGUCAAUUAUAUAGACAGCUACCUGGUGAACGAAGAUCUGUGGCUCGUGAUGGAAUAUGUGGAUGGAGGCACUUUAACCAGCGUUCUUGUCCAAGUCUUAAUGGAAGAAAGAAUUAUAGCUGCUAUCAGCAGGGAGUGCCUCAAAGCCCUGGAUUUCCUUCAUUCAAAGAAUGUGAUUCACAGAGAUGUCAAAAGUGACAAUAUUCUUCUCGGGAUGGACGGAUCUGUGAAACUGACUGAUUUUGGCCUGUGUGCUCAGCUGACCCCGGAGCGGAGCACACGGUGCACAGUGCUUGGCUCUCCUUACUGGAUAGCACCAGAAAUCCUGAAAAAAAAGGGAUACGACACCCAAGUGGACAUCUGGGCCCUUGGGAUUGUGGCCAUUGAAAUGCUGGAGGGAGAACCUCCAUACUUUAAAGAAAGCCCUAUCCAGGCUCAGCGCCUGAUCGCCCGGAACAGGUACCCCCCUCUGAAGAUGCCCAGCAAGAUGUCAGUUCUGUUCCACGCCUUCCUGCACUCCUGCCUGGACACCGACCCCGGCAUCCGCUGGACAGCCAGGGAGCUCCUGCAGCAUCCAUUUUUACGAACAGCCAUGAGCCUCUCUGUCCUGCCUGACAUGAUCCGUAUAGCCAGGAAACUCUGUAAGGCCAUGGAAGCACUCCAGGCCAGCAGUGCCAGCCCAGAGGAAAAGAAGGAAUAAAAUUUUCACUCCUUUGGGAGAUGUGCUCCCUUCUCACACUGGUUCCACAACGACUUCUGAGUUAUUGGUUGCUUCUUAAAGAUGGAAAGUCCCAAUAAUGGGGGUUUUGGUAUGGUUUGGAAAUGGGGAAGGGUCUCCUUCCUCCAUCAGCUCCAGACCACGCUGCCUCUGGAAUGCCCAUGAGCUGGGUUUUGCCCACUUGUGGCACUUCUGGGUGAGGAAGAAAGUGCAACUGCAUUUCCAGCCAAACGGGGAAGCCAGAACAUCCUGUUGGAUGCACACAGUCAGCUGGGACUGCGGAGUGUUUGGAGAAUUCCCUGUCCUCCCUCCACCUGGCAGAACAUGUGGACACAAAAAAUAUCUAGAGAUUAUAGAGAAAGACAUGUAUAUAACAUAGAUUGCUAAAUGGGGGGUGUGCAAAUGUACACAGACACAUAAUAUACUGCAUAAUUAUAUGUAUAAAUAUUUAUAGAAUAUAUAUUAUUAUUAUAGUCCUAUAUAUAUAAUGUUUUUAUAUAAUUAUAUGUAUAGAUAGCAUGUUACAGAGCUAUGGCCAUACAUUUACCUUGUA